UUACAGAACAUAUUUUCUAACCAACAACAACAAAACAAUAAUAAAUCAUUGAGCUAUUUUAAUUAAAUGAUUUAAAAGCAUUAUGGCAACAAGUAUUGAGAUUGUUGUAGGUACAUAUGAAGAAUUCUUGCUGGGCUAUCGAAUCAGACCAUCGAGAAGUAAUAACCGGAAGUAUGACAUGUACCAGUCAUUUUCAACACAUUCUCAUACCUCAUCAAUUAGAUGUUUAGCAUCGAAUGGAAAGUAUGUAGCAAGUGGUGGAUGUGAUGACAGAAUUUGUGUUUAUGAUUUGGAAGCAAGAAAGGAAGUUGAAGACCUUUAUAUCCACGAUGGUACAGUCAAUUCAAUUCAGUUUGUACCUGAUUGCAGUUAUUUAAUAAGUUGUGGAGCAGAUGGAAAAAUGGUAUUUACUAAGACAAGCAAUUGGAAAAUUGAUAGAGUUUUUGAAAAGGCACAUAAAGGAAGUCCAGUCAAUUACGUUAGUGUUCAUUCGUCAGGAAAGCUAGCAUUGUCUAUAGGAAACGACAAGAUUUUAAGAACCUGGAAUUUGAUUAAUGGAAGACAGGCGUUUGCAACAUCGCUCAAAAACAACAAGGCAUUAGGGAAUUCUCUAGAAUUUGUUAUAUGGUCUAUAAGUGGCGAAUAUUUCCUUGUUGCUGGCAAAGAUACUGUUGAAGUGUGGAGCACAGAGAAGGCUGAAGUAAUAUCAACAAAGAAAUGUGAGUCAGAACCAACAAGUAUAUGCUGGAUAACAGACACAGACAUCUUAGUAGGGAUGGAAAACGGUAAGCUGCUAUUUUUCAAUUGGGAAGAUGAGAAUGAGGAAGCAACAAUGUGUGAAAUAUAUGAUAAUAGAGUUAAAGCUAUGAAAUAUCAUGAUGGAUAUCUAACAACAGCAUCAAGUAAAGGAGAACUUAAUUUAUGGAAAGUAAUUAUCGAUGAAAAAGUUGAGAUUGAAAUGAUUUGUGGAAUUGACAUUGGAUGUAGAUUAACAUGCUUAGAUGUUAUUGAUUUAUCUAAAAUUGGCAUAAUUAAGGAAGUUAAGGAAGAAGAUGGUGAUGAGGAUAUGCCAUUAAAAAAAACCGAUGUCAAGACAUUCAAAACGAAAGGAACUGUCGUUGUGGAAAUAGACAAUGAUGAUGAUGAUUAUGACAUUUUAAUAACUUCAAAAGCAUCAAAAAAGAGACAACAUGAAGGGAGCAGCACUAAAAAGAAGCCCAAAACUCCAAUUAAUAAUAAGAGAAAAUCUGUAAGAUUGAGUAACGGCUUUGUCGAAGAAGAUUGUUAAUUAAACAAUUUUGUUGAAAAUAAAGGAAAUUAUUUACAGUUUCAAA